AUGUGCCUGGGCGGACAGGCCUCAACAAUAGUACAUCACGCUUUUCCAUAUCAUACUGGCACCCACGUAGCUCAGCUUGGCUCUGAUGUUGUCUUUGGACACACUUUGGACAACACUUUGGCUGAAUGUUUCCUGCUGGCUGCCAUGGCCUAUGAUCACUAUGUGGCCACGCUCCCACUUCUCUACUCUACACACAUGUCUUCCAGAGUCUGUAUCGUCUUAUUGGCUGCUUCCUAUCUGGGGGUGUGUGUGAAUGCUUCAUCAUUUACUGGCUGUUUAUUGAGCUUGACUUUCUGUGGACCAAAUAAAAUCAACCAUGUCUUCUGUGACCUCCCACCACUAGGGAGGCUUUCUUGUACCCAUAUUUAUGUUGCUGAAGUAUCUCCUGCCAUCUUAGGUGGGUCAAUCAUUGUAAUCACAUUGUUUAUCAUAGCUGUUUCAUAUCUAUACAUCCUGCACUUGGUCCUGAAUAUGCACCCCACUGAGGGAAGACACAAGGCCUUCUCUUUUUGUACUUCUCACCUCAGUGCAGUCGCUUUGUUUUAUGGCACAGUCACAUUUGUUUAUGUCAUACCGAAGUCAAGCCACUCAUCUGACGAUAUUAAAGUGGUGUCUGUGUUCUAUACAGUGGUGGUCCCCAUGCUGAACCCCUUGAUCUACAGUCUGAGAAACAAAGAGGUGAAAGAGGCAAUGAGAAAAUUGAUGGCUAGAAAAAAUAGGUCAUUUUGA